AUGUCGCUUUCUGAAGGUUAUCAGUUCUUCCUCUAUCUAAACGAUGGGUCGAGACGUUACGGAUACGCAUUGAAGAAUGGCGAGAUCAAGCUACAGAGGAAGCAUUACCCAAUUUCGGACUUAGUUGGACAUCGCUAUGGAACCGUAUUCGAAGUCCAAGGAAAGCACCUCGUUCCGGUCAAUGAGCCUCUCAUUCCUGUGGAUGUUGCUGAUGUGGACGUCAACGACGAGAACGAUAACCGGGAACUGGUGGAUGACAUAAAACACCAAACUCUGCAACAAGAAGAUAUCGAAAGAAUGCGCAAAGAAGGAGUAAGCGGCCACGCCAUUCUGCAGGAGUUGGCUUCGAGCAGUGUCACGUUUGACGGCAAGACGGAUUUCUCGAAGAAGAAAUACCUGAAAAAGAAGUCCGAGAAGUACAUUCUGCGCUGCAUGCUCGUCGAAGCGAACGCGCAGACGGUGUGUGAGCAGCAGUACAUGAAGAACCCAGUGAAGCUGAACUAUCUGCGCUUCGACACGCUGGCCUACAUGCUCUCCCUGGCGAACAUCCACCCCGGCCAGAAGGUGAUGGUGUUCGACGACUGCAUGGGCAUCGUGGUGGGGAGCAUCAUGGAGCGACUGGGCGGGUACGGGCUGGUCUUCGCGGUGAACAACCACGACAACCGGAUUCCGUGCUAUGACUGCGUGAAUCGGCUGAACUUCAAUGUGGUGUGCGAUCAGAACGACUAUCAAAUCGACAAGGAGAACAAGUACGAAGAGCCUUCCUUCGCCCCGGAGCCGCGCGACCUCACGCUCGCCGACUACACCGCCAACAUUCGCAACACGCUUCUCAUCUGGCACCUCUCCGAUCUCCUGCAGAUCCGUCCCAUCGACCACGCCUCCCAGCCCGUUCGGGACGAUUCCCCGCUUCCUCUCCCGCUGCCGCUCCCCGCGCCGCGCACCAUCCAUCUCCCCACCAAGAUGUUCCACACCCGAACCGAUCUUCCCAUGGUCCACAAGGACGGCACCGCGCUCCGCGACGCUGAGCUCAUCGCCAUCUAUAAAAAGCGGCUGGACCGUCUCUUGCGGGAGCGCUGGCAGCCAACGCUGGACGAGCAGCGCGAAAUGCUUCGCCGAGGCGUGAACAGCCUCGUGGUGGCCUCGAACAACCCGCUGGAAGAAGUGCCGCUGUUGUUGCCGUAUCUGCAGCCUUCGGGCGUUCUCGUCGUUUACUCGCAGUACCAAGCCCUCCUGGCCGAGCUAUUCGCCGGACUCAAACGAAGCGGACAGUGGGUGGAUAUUUCGAUGAGUGAGAACUUUAUGCGUAAAUACCAGGUGCUUCCGAUGCGGACGCACCCGUACAUGAAUAUGUUUAACAACAGUGGGUUUGUUCUGACAGCAACGCGCGUGUUGAAUCCAAAUAGUCCGAUGGAGUCAAAGGACAUGGCGGGCAUCCGCACAGGAGCCACGAUGGCUUCAACCUUGCGAAGGAAGAAAUUGAAGUUAAUGUGA